CAGCGGACUUGACAAAAGCAGCCUUCGCGGCGCUUUAACGAGCCUAAAGGUAGCCCAAGAUAGUUGAACAGUACCUCAUCAACCUACCCGAGCUCUGGGAGAGGUAUCAGAGCCUACGGGCCGCCCAACUCCUCGGACUCAUACAGCGCUAGACAAGAGCACUUCGGCUCCCAUCCAGCGCUAGGCCCCGUGCAGCGCUAGGCCCCGUGCAGCGCUAGGCCAAGAGCAGAGACGAACACCAAAAACACAAGAAUGAACAUCAGCCAGCCCGAGCCCGAGGACCCGGCCCUGACGCCUGUGCACGCGUCCGAGCCGAGCCCGACGGAGCUCCUCAAGGCGGCUUUAGCGAGCGACGCUCCCUUAGCGGAGCGCUUCUCUCCGCAUGAGUUCGCCGCGUGUGUGUCGGCCGCCCAUGCCGACGGCGACACCGAGGCUAUUGCGAGGGCCGCGAGAAGGUGCUUCGCGAGUGCCCCGCCGAAGCAACUGAGGAGCUGGGCCACGCAUCUCUUGUGCUGCCGCGUGGCCCAGAAUGACGGACCGUUUGGGUUAUUAGCGAAGCUAGCAGAAACGAAUCAAAGAGCUUGUGGCCACGUUUUUGCCGCGGGCGAUAUUGCGUGGAAUUGCAGAACCUGCCAAAAAGACAACACGUGUGUCCUUUGUGACGCUUGUUUUAGAUCCUCAAAUCACCAGGGCCACGAGGUCUUCUUCCACCGGGCCGCGCCGGGCGGCUGUUGCGACUGCGGGGACCCGGAGGCAUGGGUCGCCGAGGGCUGCUGCGCGAAGCACCGAGCGUCUUCGGUCGUCGAGGAGGAUCCUCUAGCAUCACUACCACCCGGUCUAAGGCAAGCGGGCGAAGUUGUGGUACGAGAAGCGGCUCGGUAUGUCGUGGGAGCCGCUGUGCGGGCGGCCGGUGCCCACGAACCCUUCAACUCGAACCCGGCCUUCUCGACGACGGAACCGAACGAGGAGACGGGCUUGUUAGAUAGACUUUCCGCAGCAGCGCAAUCGAGGGACGAGGAUCAAGGUGUUAGGGUGAGAUUGCACGACGACGACGUCCACUCGUAUGACGAUGUCAUUGGCGCCUUAGCUGGUCUCGGUCUCUCAGUAGCACGAGCUCGCGAUUUAGCUGGAAGGGUAGACCGCGAGGGCGACGCGUUGUUGCCGCUCGGUGACGCCCAAACAGCAUUACGAGCCGUGCACGCGCGCGGGUUACUAGGUGCGGCGGUCGACGACGAGCUACUUGAACGAGAACUGCGAGCCACGCAACUCGCGAAGUGGCUCUCGGAGUUGGUGAGAGGUGCGGACGCCCUGCGACGCCUCGUGGCGGACGCCUUCGCGGCGCCUCUACCCUUACCCAAUACGCCGGGCGCGCCUGCUCUACUCAAGUCGUCGCGCUUCUCAUUGGUUGAGCGACUAGAGAAGAGUGAAAGGCGACUGCAGCUCGACGAAGGUGAGAGCGGCUUCGCUUCCAGUGCCUUUGGCGUUUUGGUGGCCUGCGACGCGCUACUCCCAAGACCGCUACGUUCCGCGUGCCACGACGUGCUGUUGAGGGCUUUAGUGGACGCCGUCGCGCGGGCGUCGCUCGCCGAUGCUCUACUAGGCGCCUACGGGAGUGUGUCUCGACUAUUCGCGCGCGGCGUGGGCACGGCCGACGACACUAUAUUUGCUUUAUCUGUGCAGAUCUUCACGACGCCUUCAUUAGUACGACGUGCAUUAACACCGAGACGCGACGACCCAAAACUAGCGCAUGCUGGUGUUUUAGCGGUCGUCCUCAGAGCUCUACUGGCCUGUUUAGGGUCUGCCGGUUGUGAUGCAGCAAGAGAACGAAGAAGAGAAGGGAGGCACGCGAGACCUUCUCGAAGAGCGCCGCCAGCCUUGGAACCGUCGUCGCCCCUGCCGCACGAAAGCGAGUCGGACGAAGAGGAUGAACGAAGGCAACAGAUCCUGGAGAGGUGGCGCCAAGAAGAUUCGAGUCCGGGAGCCACGCCUCGGAGACGUAGCACAACUCCUUCAAUAGACCCGGACCGGUUCCUGGAAGAGCCCGUGGUCCAACAUCGACGGUUCGCGCACGCUUUACGUGAUUUCGAGUACGCCCUGCAGACGGAGAAGGUCGCCCACGAGAUGCUACGGGCCGAGUUUGUGGAUGAGGGCGGGCCGGGCCGGGCGCCUUUGCGAGCGUGGCUGGCUUUACUGUCGCGCUUGCAAGGUGUGGAUGAGGCCACGAGAAGGGAUGGGUCGGAGCCCCAUGUAGAAUAUGAAUCCAGAAGAUGGGUGCCCGCAUUUAACCUCGCGUUAAAUGUGGCGUCUGCUACCGAGUUGCUCGUCGCUCGAGCUCUCGAAGUGGACGAUGGCCGGGAAGCCGCGCUAGGCGCUCUGUGGGGCGGCGCCGCGGCUUUACUCGAGUGGCUGGCAGCUAGGGCCGGUACCCAUGAAUGGAGACGCGUCUCGAAAUUUGAAGAAUUGACAGUUCAGAGUGAUGGAGAUGUUAUACUGUACGAUGUCUGCUCGCAGCCCGUAUCUCUACACUUACCUUUACAUAGAUUCGUGGCGGCUGCCGCUCUCAAAGCCGCGGCCGUUGGCUUGGAUCCACUCCCACCUCUAGCGUCGGCGGCACCUCGAGACCGACGGCGCGUCGUCGUCGCCGCGGAGAGAUUGGAAGACUUGUCGGACGACGAGGACGACGACACGGAGCGGAAGGCGGUCAAGACGCUGGCGUCGACUGAGUUAGCCGAUUUGUUCGGGAAAGCGUCGUCCGAUGACAAAUGUGGAGUGGGUCUACAGCAGUGCACGUCGCCCGAAGAAGCGUCUCGGGUCCGAGACGCUCUGGGAAGAGCAUUAGUGGACCACCCACUACGAGCUUUAGCGUGUGGCGCCCACGUCGCCGCCGGAUUGUGGCGAAGGAACGGCCACGCUGCAUUAUCCGCGGCUUUAUCCUAUGCGUCGCCGCCGCUCUGCCACGCGCUGCGAGAUGCCGACGUGAGCGCGGUGCAAGUCGGCGCUCUGGCUCUAGGAGGCGAUGCCGUCGCUAGAUUAUGCUUAGAACGGUUCUGCGUCGACCGCUACCUGCUCCAACCGGAAACUGAUGGCGACGUCGCGGCGAAGACUUCCGCGGGCGCAUGUGCGGCAAAGGAGGCGGCGCGGGCCAAGGCCGUGGCCGUAGCCGUCGUCGCCGGCGCCAUCGCCUCGGCUCUAAGACUACCAGCAACAGCCCCGGCGCCGGCCGGCGUCGCCGAGGCGCCGGCGCAGCCGCUGCAGACGACGCCGCCACCCACUCCUGAAAGAAGACGCGCUUUACGCUUAGCGGCGGCCGCGGCCGUGGCCGGCGCCGCGACGCCGCGACGAAACGCGGCGCAGCCUGGUGAAAGAGCAAGACGGGGCGCGUUUCGCGUCGCGCGGACGCCUCCCAACGACGACGACGACCCGGAGGACGUCGCGGCCGCAACACAAAGGGCGCGGCCGGCGCAGCCGCCGCCCAAGGAAGCUUUAGCGCCGGCGGCCGCCGAAUGUUUGUCUCUCAUUGGGAGGCUCGCGGCGGACGCGCCGCCGCCGCCUGGGGCGGAAGCCUUGGAGGAGCGAUGUUUGAGAGAAUUAGUGCACGCUUUAGCGGUGCAGCCCCAGCGCCAUUCCGAGGUCGUCGCGGUGGUCGCGGCCGCAGCAAAAGCUUUUGGGGGGGCUGUAAGUGCUGGCGGCGGCGCCGCGCGGAACGCGCCGGUGGUCCCCAUGGAGUCUUUGCUGAAUCGCGUCGCCGUGCGCGUCGAUGCGACGGGGGAAUUGUGGGAUCUGAGGCGGGAGUUGCACGGGGGCUACGACCCCGGCUUUCCCCGCCUGUCGAGAAGUGAUCACGAGAAGGCUCAAGAAAGAAUAGCAUCUAUCAGAAGAAGAUUGCGCGUGAAGGCCAUGCCGUUAGUAGCGAAGCCGUCGAAUUGCCACGCGUCUUUCGUAGACAUGCGCCAAUCUUUGUUACGAAGCCCGACGACGUUCCGAGCUCUGGAAGGCGCCUUCAGACGAGGUUCUUCGUCAUCGCAAGAAGCUGGUGAAAGAGAACUGGAGGGCGCCGCGUUACAUCUAGCGACACUCGUAGCACAUGACGGUUGUGUCGAUGAAUGGUCGAAAGUUAUUUACCCUGCGUUAUUGGAUCUGAGGGACCGGGGCGGCCUCGGUUCGCCCUUGUACGAUGAUGGCUUAGAAUGGCUCAUCAAGCAUGUGGCUACCCAAUCAAAUGAAUGUGCUUCUCUACUAAGGCAGCGAGCACCGCAACUCGCCGAGACGCCGACGUCGCCCGACGAGGAUCGCAAAGAACGCGCGAGACGGGCGAGGAAGCGCGUCAUGGCGCGUAUGAAGGCGAGGCAAGACCGGUUCGCGGCCUUGCUCGCGGCCGAGGAGGCCGCCGCCGAGGAGUCCAAGUCUGAGAAGCAAUGUGACGCGUCGUGCAUCAUGUGUCGGGGGGCGGCUACCGAUGAUGAUCCCCUGGGUUUUGUGGCGUUGGCGCAACGGAGUUGUGUGUUGGCGAGGCAAGUCGAUCGAGAACGACGAGGCGAUCGGAGGCGCUGGGUCGCGAAUAGAAGCUGCCAAGCCCGUCAGUUACUCAAAGACGGGCGACCUUCGGGUCGCGUCGUCCUACGCUUCAAGCGCGGCGACGAGGUGCGGGUGACUCAUGUCAGAGGCUCGUCGGCGAAGGUCCAGUCCUCCAACGUUGUGGGGUGGGUGUCACUGCGACAGGACCAGCACGCGGGCGUCGACGACGCGUUAAUUCCGAUGCAGCCGUCGGCGUGGAAGCGCUGGGGCCGGGUGAGGGUGCAUGUCGCUUCUUGCGGUCAUCGAGUGCAUUAUGGGUGCUGGGACGCGUAUUAUGCUUCUGUGUUACAGAAAUACCUGGCGGGAGAGACGUCGUACGACGGGAGAUUCUGCGUCGACGUGUCCCGAAGGGAGUUUUUAUGCCCGCUCUGCAAGGGCCUGGCGAACUGUCUGGUGCCCUGUGUUGAAGAUCCCGUCUUGGAAGCUAGGGACGAGCCCGCGGCUCCCCAACUAUCCUUGCCGGAGGUCGUCGAAAGGUGGCAUAACGCCCCUCCGGCGCCCGAUGCGCCCAGAACGUCCUUAGAUGGCGCGGCUCGAAGGUUAGUGGAUGCUUUAUCUGAUGCUGCUGAUGGUGGCGCGGCGCCGCCAGCAUUAAGGCCGCCGGCGGCGGCCUUAAGCGCGUGGGCGGCCUGCGGCUUUUCGUUGCUGUCCGCGACGCGCGGCGACGGCGACGAAAGUGCUAGAAGAGCCGCGAAGGCCUGCAUGCGCGCGUUGAGGUGCGGCGGCGUGGACGGCUACGCGAUGGUCGGGGGGGGUUCUACGUUAUCUUCCCGCUUGGCCAACCUGUUGAGCGGUGACGUGUUACUGCGGAGUCCGCCCCCGUUCCGCGCGACGGAGGAGGCCUGGGAGCGCGAGUCGUUGACGACCCACACGUCAUCGGCAGAACGCUUGCUGUUGAGGAAGUAUGGUUUACGGCGCUUCGUCGACGAGGAGAGCGUCAUAACCAUAAGAGCCGACGCCUUACACUGGGACGGUAGCAAGUGGCUCUGUAGAACUUUUGCCGAGGACCACAUGCUCGCGAUCAAUGAUAUGCUACGCCAGCAAAUCGCCCAGGCGACGCCGGCGCUACCUUUGGGCCUAUGCCACGCGCCCUUCGCGUUGGCACGGCCCGACGGCGCCGACGCGGCGACGUGGCGCGGCGAAGCCCAAGGCAACGCGCAGCGCACGGACGAAGCUUUAAGGCAGCCGCUCCUCGCGUGGGACUUGUGUGCGUUCUUUUGCGGGUGCUGCUCGCUCUGGCCGCGCGGCGACUUGUGUCGGUUGCGGGACGCGGUCGUGUUCGCGCGCAUCGUGCAACUGUUGCUCGAGCCGGAGGCGCCCACCUCUACUCAUGAGGAUAGCGAGGAGGAGAUUGAAGGAUUGCGUGUGUUAGAUCGCGUCUGUCGCUCGGCGGCGGGUCUGGCUCCUAGAUCAGUAGUGCCGUCGCCAUCUGCCGUAAAGGAGGCCGUCGGGCCGUUGGCCUUGGCCAUCGACGUCGCGUUGGAGGCUUGCUCUUCGACGCAAGAACCCCUAUCCAUCUCGUUUGCCCUACUAAGCACGCCGCCGUACGCUAGAUUAGCGGAGUGUUGGUGUAGGAGCUUUCGCGCUUUAUAUGAAGGGGCCUCGAGACCGCCUUUGAAGCCGCCGUCGGCGCCGUCCGACGAGGACGACGCGCUCUGCCUCUCGACGCUCGACGACGACGAUUCACAGGCGCGCUGCUUCGACGCUUCAGAUGGCGAGAUCUCCUCCGACGAUACGGAUGACGAGCAGCUGCUCCACGCGCCGAUUCUCGGGGAUGAUGAUGGCGUGUCCGGGGUCGGCGACGCGCCGACACCAUUAUUGGCUUCAUUGGCGGGCCACGCCGCGCCGGACGCUUCCGGUAGAAGACAUGCCACCUGGGACGUGUCCCACCUCGGGCUGCGCACGCUGCAGCCGUCGCGGCGCGCGACGCGCUUCGUCAAGCUGCCGGAGUCGUUCACGGAGUUGUACGCGCGACUCCGGGACGCGCGCGGGUUAGGUGGCGACGACGUCGACCACGGCGCCGCGGUCUGUUUGCUCACGGGGCGCGUGUUACAUGCGGGCGCGAAGCGGCCCGGUGCUCCCGGGAAUUGCACGUUACACGCGCGGCGCAUCAACGGCGACGGCGUCGGCGUCUUCUUCCUCGUGCUGAAAUGCGCGGUCCUCUUGGUGCGGGGGCCGCACGCGUCGUACGCGCCGUCGAUCUACGUCGACGACCACGGCGAGGAGGACGUCGGCUUGAGAAGGGGCGCGCCUUUGAGAUUACACGCCGGGCGCGUCGCGGCGCUGGAGGCGCUGUACAACACGCACGGGGUGGCGCGGGAAGUCGCGCGGCUCCGGGCGCGGUCGUCGCGCGUGAUCCGGGACAACUACUACUGAUGAGUAACUUUUGAUUGACAUA